AUGUGUAAAUUAACUCACGAAGGUACAGAAUAUAUUGGAAAAAUAUCUAAAACUGAAACAAAUAUUAGUUGUUUAUUUUGGAAUUCUGAUUCUAUCGAUGCCGAGGAUAUAUUAAAUGAAGCAUUUCCGGAUGGAUCAAAAAUUAUGGCAAAAAAUUAUUGCAGAAAUCCAACAAAAAAUCCUAAAGGCCCUUGGUGUUAUACGGCUAAAAAAAAUUUAAUAUACGAUACGUGUGAUAUACCGAUUUGUAAAAAUUUCGAAUGUCGGAUUAGUGGUACCGGUAUUGAAUAUUCUGGAUUAAUUGACAAUUCCGCGUCUGGAAAAAAAUGCACAGAAUGGAAAAGUAAACGUAAACUCAAGAAUCAAAAUGAAGAAAUUUUUUUAAAAAAUAAUCUUUUCCCAGAUGAAUCAAUCAAAACUGCUGGAAAAAGAUGUAGGAAUCCAAAUGGUGAUGUUGGAGGUCCUUGGUGUUACGUAGAAAAUGAUGAAAAUGAAUUGCAAGAAAAAGAAUUUUGUGACAUUCCAUUUUGUGAUGACAUAGAACCCGUCAUGUAUUCAGAAGGUUCUUUCUCGGGGCAAUAUUACUUCUUUUCUAGUUUAAACGAUUCACAAUUUUUAAAUAUUAGCGUACGUCUUUGGAAUCCUUCUGAUUGGUUGCAAGGGCAAAUUUUUUUGUAUUUGAGUGCAUUCGAUGUUGCCCUUGAUAGGCAAAAUAUAGAUGACUGGAAAUCAGGGAUUGAAAUUCUUAUCGGUCACACAGGAUCUGGAAUUAUAGUUCAGGAAGAAGAUAACGAAUUAAAAAAAACACCCUUGAUUCUUUCCGGAGCUCAUUGGACAGAUUUAUACAUAAAUUGGAUGAAUCCUGAUAAUUAUAGUAUUAUUGUUCAAGUUUUUAUAAACAGUAAAAGUAAGCCAUUGGCAAUUGCUGAAAUUCUAACAGCAGGAACAAUUUUUGAAUUCGAAACAUUUCGUUUCUUUAGUUUGGCAGGUUCACCGUCUUUGUGGAACUUGGAAGCAGAUGAUGAUUGUUCCAUACAAACUGUAACUCAAAUGAAUUUUACUCGGUUUUGGUUAAUGAAAAAAACUUCAUUGGGAAUCGAUGCAGACAUUUUUGUUCGAGCAGAACAUGAAACUGUUAUAACAUUAAGAUCAGUUCCAAUGAUAAAAUUAAAACAAGUACAGGAAGAAUUAUUUUAUCCUUACGGAGGGAAAUUAGCAUGUGAAAAUUAUUGUAGAAAUCUUGACAGAGAUCCUCAAGGACCAUUUUGUUUUAUAAAAGAUCCUACGAAUAAUUUAGAAGUUGAAAAAUCUUAUUGUGAGCCCAGACCGUGUAGAGUUGAAGAUUGUAAAGUAGCAGGAACAGGAAAUGAUUAUUUGGGAAAACUUAAUAUAACAAGAUCUAAACGUCAUUGUAUGCCGUGGACACAAGUGAAGAAUAAUGAAGUAAAUGUUAGCAAUUUCCCUGAUCCUUCAAUGGAAGAUGCUACCAAUUAUUGUAGAAAUCCUACAAAAAGUAUUACUGGAUGUUGGUGUUAUACGAAUGACUCAAACGUACCUACAGACUCGUGCUUGAUAAGGGAUUGUGAUAAACCCUUAGAAUGCAUUAUUUUACUCACGAAAUUUUUAAAAGGAAACAGAAUGUUUAUAUUGCCCGCCUGGCGAAAAUCGGGAUUAAAAUUUUGGGUUAAAGCUUGGAAUCCUGAUAUAUAUGAAGGAAUAGUUUUUUCCAUUACGUCAAAAGAUGAAUUAAAAGAAUACCAAAAAACAUUACCUCAUUUGGUUCCUUCGGGAAGAUGGGCUGGAUAUUGGCUUCGAUCGGGUUUGGGUAGGAUAGAGUUAGGAUACGAAGGUGUAUCACUUCCUUUUUUCGAGUGGUCCACAGAAAAUGAGGAAAUUAUUAUCGAGCCUUUUUUCAUUAAUUUUGGUACGAUUCAAGACUAUUGGAUUGGUAUUAAUUUUGAAUGCACUGAUAUAAAAAGAAGUUUUGCCGUUAAAGUAGAUGCAGUUUCUGAAAAUAUUUUUAUUUUAAAAUAUUUAGAUUCUGUAAAUUAUGUCGUAUUAGCUACAUAUCCGGUAGUAAAUCCGUUCUUAGAAAAUGAAUGGACGGUACUUAAAGAUAGUUUGACCAUAUACAAAAACAACGAACACGUGUUUACCUGGCCCAGCACGUUUCCUCUUUUAUUUUACUGGUUUUCUAUCACAACACAAGAAGGCAGCAUAAUAUGGUCGGCUAAUUGUGCGCCUGCUGACGUGGAAGGAGGAAUUCGAGAUGGUAAUUGGGGAGAUUGGGGACCUUGGAGUUGUAGCGUGACAUGUGGUAGAGGAAUAGGAAAAACUGAACGUAAAUGUAAUAAUCCGCCGCCUAAUAUAUUUGGCAAAGAAUGCAAUGGAUUAUCCGUUUACGAAGGACCUUGUAAUGAUUUUCCAUGCGGAGAAAUAUCUCCAAUUGAAAAUAAAGAAAGGGUGGUUUUAUCUUGCAAUCCUUCUGCACUAUCCAUAUUGGUUACGGAAAUACCUAAUUUAAAUAUAACUUGGACUCACAAUGGAUUAAAAAUUAGCAAGUUAAAAUAUCAUAUUGAUGAAAAUUUCAAUUUGAUUAUAACACACGCACAAGACAAACAUAAUGGAAUAUAUUUAUGUAUGAUAAAUCAAAAUCCAAAGAGCUCUCCUACAAAAAUUGUUUUAGAUGUCGCGUCUUUGAUCGUGAUCAAAAAUAAACCGACAAAAAAAAUAAGAAUGGGAAGAAACACUUUAUUGAAAUGUAACGGACUCGCUUUAACUUACGUUUAUGCAGAUUUAUCACAAAAAUGGGAAUUGAAUGGAACUCUCUGGAAGGAUUACGGUAUUUGGACUUGCGUUAUCACUCAAGAAGACCUUAAAUUUAAAUGGGUGUCAAAUUGGAUUAAUUUAAAAGGUUUCAUUCAUAAUAAUAAUAAUAAUAAUAAUAAUAAUAUUUUUAUUAUAAAUUUAAUAUUUAAUGGAAAAUUUCAUUUAUUUCAGUUAAUUCAGCACCAAGUUUUUGGUCACAUCUAA